GAAUCGAAUCGAUUGUUUUAAAAUCGAAUCUUGAAAAAGGAAUCGAUUCCGUGUGUUUUUUUCUCUCUCUCUUUAAAAGACCCAAAUCCAUCUGUGUUGCCUGAGAGCCGGGCACUAUUGAACACUCCUCAUUCAGGGAGGCGGCGGCUGAGGAGAGCUCGGAGGCCAGGAGAUUCGGAGUCGGGGAGAGCGCCGGGGUGAGGUGGCGAUGGCUCGGCCGCUCCUUUGUCUCGCGCUCGUCACGGCGGCCGUGCUGGGGCCGGACUGCUCCACCAGCUCCAUCCUCCAGAGCCGCUCGCUGGCGGACGGCCACUGCCAGGGCAACCACCGCCUGACCCCGAGGAGUCGCUCGGACUUUGAACUCGCCGUGAACAUGCCCGACGUUCGCCCUCGCCAGGCCGACACAUAUCUCUGCACGGCCGUCCCCAUGCCGGCCAAGCAGCUGUCCUACAUCGUCGACUUCGAACCUCAGGCCGUGCCAGGCGUGACACACCACAUGCUUCUGUUCGGCUGUGAACUACCGGCAUCUUCCAAGCUAUACUGGAACUGUGGCUCCCGCGCAGGUCCCUGUGCUGACGAAGCGAAGAUCGUUUACUCGUGGGCACACGACGCCCCGGCCACUCGCCUGCCGCCUGGCGUGGGCUACAUGGUGGGCGGACACAGUCAGAUCGGGUACCUGGUGCUGCAAGUUCACUACGGCUCCAUCUCCGCGUUCACACGAGGUGGGCGCACGGGGGACUGCUCCGGAGUGAAUCUUCACAUGACGAUGGACAGGCAGCCGCUGCUGGCUGGCAUGUACAUGCUCAUGGCUCCCAACGUAGAGAUCCCCCCCGGACUGGAUGGCGUCAACGCGGACGUGGCGUGCUCCUACGGCCACAAGUACCCCAUCUACCCCUUCGCCUACCGCGUGCACACCCACAGCCUUGGGCGGAUGGUGAGUGGCUAUAUCAUCCGCAAAGGGAAGUGGAUCCCCCUGGGAGAGAAAGACCCCCAGAAACCUCAGGCGUUCUAUCCGAUCGCGCGACCCCUGGAGAUCAUCCCCGGCGACACGGUGGCGGCGCGGUGCGAAUUCAGCGGGAGAGGACGCAACAGCCCAACCUUCAUCGGCUCCACGUCUCACGACGAGAUGUGCAACUUCUACGUGAUGUACUCCGUCGACGCCGACGUGGGCGACCCCUUCAUGUCGUGCACCAUGGAGGCGCCCGCCGCGCUGUCCCGGAGUUUCCCGGCGUCCCUCGCAGCCGCCGGUGGCCGAUCGGCGGCGGCGGUGGCGACGGCGGUGGGUGGCGGUGGAGUGGGGGGUCCGCGCCGGGUGGGGGCUCCCGGCUACGGGACGCUCUCCCGUCCGCUCGCGGCUGUGGCCGGAAGACCCGACGUGGACAGUUACCAGGCACUGGCCUGGAGCCGCAACGCCAUCCCCGGUUAUCAGACGGCCAAUCGGCCCGGGGUGACGCGCGCUCACGCCAACGUGCCGUGGGACUCGGCCACCGCUCUGGAGAGGAAGCUCGCGGAGCGGCUGGCGAGACGGAUCCUGAUCCGACGGAUCCUGGAGCAGCUCCCAGCACCGAGGCCGAGAAAACGAGAAGAGGAAGAGGAAGCAACAAGUCCAGAGGAGCUGUCUUCUCUCAUCUCGCGCCUGCUCACGGAUCCACAAGGCCCCGUGUUCCGGCACAAGUACAACCCCCCAACCCCCGCGCUCUCCUCCGCUCGCGACGAUGAUCACGACGACGACGACGAUGACGAUGUCCACGGCGGUGAUGAGGACCCUCGCACUCUCCACCCUCAGCAGCAGCAGGGCCCACGGUUCUUCCCACCGCGCGAUGCACUACCUCAGGACCCCACCGGCCAGGUCCCCACUGGCAAGGAGGAGGAGGAGGAGGUGGAGGAGUUCUCGGAGGUGCCCGCCGGUGACGGCGACGGGCAGCGGGCUUCCGGCUCAGGCGUGGAAGUCCGCGGGGUCCCCGCGAUGGCGGAGGAAGGCGGCGGUGGCCCGGCGAUGCCACCGCCGCGGCGAGAGCCCACGGCCGCCCCGGGCAGCGACAAGGAAGAGGAGGAGGUGGAGGUGGUGGAGGAGGAGGUGGGGCAGGAGAGGCGCGGCACCGAUCUGGAGGAGUCGCUCAGGAUGCUGGAGCAGGCGGUGGACGAGGCAGGCUCGGACGCCCGAGGAGUGAUGCUGAGGGAAGCGGGCGGCCCCGGGUGGCCGGGGGACAACCUCGGCCUGGGCUCCGUCUCCGGCGUCGCCGUCGACUCCAAGAACAACCUGCACUUGUUUCACCGCGGAGCGCGCGUCUGGGACGGCAGCUCGUUUGACGAGAGGCACGCGUUCCGGCACGGGGAUCGUGGACCCAUCCGUGAGGACACCAUCCUGACCAUCAACCCCGGCACCGGGGAGCUGCUCGGAUCGGCAGGCCGUGACACGUUUUUCAUGCCGCAUGGCCUCAGCGUUGACCCCGAUGACAAUCUGUGGGUCACCGACGUGGCACUGCAUCAGGUGUUCAAGCUGGGCCCCGGGGGACGGGGCCCCGCGUCGAUGGCGCUGGGCGAGCGUUGGCGCCCCGGCGGGGGCGCGCGCCGCCUGUGCCAGCCCACGGACGUGGCGGUGCACCCGCUCUCGCGCCACCUCUACGUCUCCGACGGCUACUGCAACCACCGCGUGGUCCACUACUCGCCCCGCGGGGACUUCCUGGGCGAGUGGGACGCAGAGGGUGGCAGGACGGGCUCGGGCCUGCGCGUACCGCACAGCCUGACGAUGGCGCGCGGCGGCGCGCAGGUGUGCGCCUCGGACCGCGAGAACGGCCGCGUCGUCUGCUUCCACCCGGAGAGCGGGCGGCUCCUCAAGGAGCUCCGGCUCCCGGAGUUCGGGGGCCGGGUGUUCGCCGCCUCCUACUCGCCCGCGCACGGCGGCGUCCUCUUCGCCGUGAACGGAGCCAACGAGCACCACCCCACGCAGGGGUUCAUCCUCGACUUCGAGACCGGGCGCCAGAUCGGCACCUUCCGCCCGGAGCAGGGAUUUGCGGAGCCGCACGAUGUGGCGGUGUCGCCCGACGGCGAGGGCGUCUACGUGGGCGACGUGUGGCUCAACCGCGUCUGGAAGUUCUCGGCUCGCAACGGAAGCACGGGGUCCAUGGCACACGGCGACGCUCCAGCCCACACGGCUCGGCUCACGCUCAACGCCGCUUCGCCAUCACGGAAUCCGCUCGGAGGUGGUGCCGGAGGUGCCGGAGCACCCCAAUUGGCGUCGGGGAAAUCCGGAACCGUCAGCACCGCCGCCGGUGCCGGUGAGGGCGGCGGCGGCGGUGCCGGCACGGCGGCGGUGGGAUCGGCGGGCGCCAGCGGGGGGCUGCGCACGCCGGUGCUCAUCGCGGUGCUCCUCACAGCGCCGGUCGUGGUGCUGGCGCUCGCCGCACUCCUCGUCCGUAUCCGCAAGCACCGCGCCGCGCCAGGGGAGAAGGAGGAACAUCGGGAGGCUGAGUCGUCUCCUGGAGGUUUCCUCGGCUCUCUGAGAGGCAAGAAGAGCGGUGGGAAGUUCGACGUGGGCGCGUGGCUGGCGCGACGGAGGCGGCCCGGCGGCUUCGACCGCCUGCCCAGCGGCGACGAUGACGCCGCCGACAGCGAGGAGGUGGUGGCGGUGGCGGCGGCGGCGGCGGCGCCGGGCGCAGAGCCCGACACGCCGAGCUCCGCCGGGGGCCCCCACGACGAGGAGGUUCCGGCGCCCGCCAAACACUCUCCCUAAGUCGAGGUGUCGCCCCCUUCCCCCCCCUGGCUGCCGCCCCCACCUCCCGCCCUCCCACGUUUUCUUCAAAGUGUACCGGAGAAGCGCACGUGAACCACGUCCCGUAAGACAGGCGACUCGCCGCGCCCGCCGCGUGCCGAACGCGCCCUUUGUUUGAUCCGCCGGUUGACGCACGUCGGCAGGGGAUUCGCAUGCACACGGGGCGCUCGCCGCUCGAACGCAUCGGCGGCAACUCGAAGCGCCUUACCCCGACAUCUCGUCUCAACCAUUCUGACCCCCCCCCCACCCUGCCGCCAGCAACAGCUGUCCCUGUGCGGUGCGAGGUGUACGCAGCACCGGCCCUACCUCGUGGGGCAUUAGUCUGCCAGUAGGGGAGGACGAUUGUAUACAAAUGAGAAUAGGUUUUCCCCUUUUGUCCGGCAACAAAGCAGGUGUUAAGAUGUUAAAACACCAAACUAAAACACCAAACUGAAACCUCGCAUACAAAUGCACGGCUGUGCCGUUAAAUACCGCGGUAGGAAAUGCGCCACGCUUGGAACCCCCGCGCGUCGUUGCGUGCGCGCACUCAGAAGCCGAGCGGUCACCGCGGCCGAUGCUGCAGACGCCGGCUCACCCACGCGAAUCAUUUUUUGACAGGACCCCACACCUGGUUGAAGGAAAAAUGGCCGAGCGGGUGCCAAGACGUUGAGUCGGACACAUUUGUGUUGCUUCUGCAGUGCUACGUAUCGCCUCAUUCGCUCGUAGUGAGUGCUCUUCGUGUUGUCCCGAUGAGGCUACCUACGGCUCGAGGAUUCCACAGCGUAUAUAUCUCGUGAUCGCGUGGCCAAUCAUCGUUGAUUUCGCAUUUCAGUUGCAGUGGCGGGCGGGCGCGCGGUUGUUUCCUCGCCGGCUUUUGAUCGAUGACGUGUGUCCGUGCCAAAGUGGUGUGUGUACUCUCUUUACCUCUGUGUCUCCGCUCGGUGAAAAUGAUGUUCCCGUACGAACCGUGGAAAAGUAAAACCGGUUUAUGAUAAACGUCACCUGUGCAAACA